AUGGCUUCGGCUCCAAGUCCGUACAGUGCACAAGCACCUAUGAUUAGGAAAAUGGGCAAGCACCAGAAUGCACCAGCUUUAAGCCCAAGCAAUGAGCAAUCUCCAAAAGAAGCAGAAGCACCAGAGAGCGGAGACAGUGUGAGUAUACUAGAGCAGCAGAUCCACCUCAAGAAGCACCACCAUGCGGACAGGUCAGUCGCCGGAGGCGGUGUGAUUCUCGGAGGGCUUGCCACCACUUUCUUGGUGGCAGUUUUCUGUUACAUAAGAGCCACUGCUGCAAGACAUAAAAAGCCAGAGAUUGGUAGUCCCCAAGUUAUUAGCUAG